CCUAGUAUGAGAAACUCGAUGGAGAACUCGAUGUAGAGAGCGGAGAGUAGUGUCACGUCUCUCUGUGCCACCAUUCUAUAUUUACAAUUUUUAUCAAAUUGUUACACGAUUGUUUGGAUCUCUUCCAGGCCGUCCAAAUAAGCGACAAAACAUGACGAGUCCAGUCAUAAUUUCAGCCACGGCUAAGCACACAGCGACGAUAAUAUUUUUCCACGGCUUAGGUGAUACAGGACAUGGUUGGGCUAGUUCCAUGGCUGCUGUGCGAUCUUCACACAUCAAAGUUAUUUGUCCUACUGCACCUACAAUGCCGGUAACACUUAAUGCAGGGUUUCGAAUGCCUUCCUGGUUUGAUCUACGAUCUCUGGACUCCACAGGCCCAGAAGAUGAAGAAGGUAUACGCAGAGCUGCCGCGAUGGUUCACUCGUUAAUAGCUGAGGAAGUCGCAGCUGGGAUACCCACAAAACGCAUUGUCCUUGGUGGAUUUAGUCAAGGUGGAGCGCUAGCUAUGUUCAGUGCCCUUACAUUCCCAGAGCCUUUAGCUGGUAUCAUAGCCAUGUCCUCAUGGCUUCCGUUACAUGCUAAAUUUCCAGCGGAAGCGAUAGGUAAUAAGGAUACACCGUUGUUACAAUGUCACGGCAACUGCGAUCCGAUCGUGCCGUACAGGUGGGGUCAAAUGACAGCGUCUCUUCUGAAACAAUUCAUGACGCAGACAGAAUUUAAAACUUACAACGGCAUGAUGCAUACGUCUUGCGAAGAGGAGAUGCACGACGUGAAGAAAUUUAUCGAGAAGGUCUUGAAGCCGUAAUAAAUCGAAGAUCUAAGACGUGCGCCGAUAUUUCACUGAUUACUCCGUGCGUUUAAUAUGUACAUUAAUAAGAUUAUUCCAAUUUUACGAUUAUUUAAUUAUAGCGACGUGAUCUUUAAAAAACGUUAAGUAGAAAGUGGUUAAAAUCUUCCGAGAUGAGAUGCAGUGCUAGAAGGUACACUUUUUAGAGAGAUAUAUUUAUUUACGAGCUUUAUGAUUUAUAUCUAUGUAUAUCUUUCUGAACUUCAAUAUUUCAAUGUACCUAAGCCUUCGCGUAGCAGUACGAAU